UAGAAUAGCUUCCGGUUCCUUGAGACGUAGAAGAAUAAUUAUGUUUUGAUUGGAAAAUCUUCAUCAAGUGAGGUUAUUUAGGAGUGGCCGUAGCAUGCUGUUAAGGACAAGUGGCCCAGCGGCUCUCCCUUCAUUCCAAUGUUAAUCUACAUGGUUGUGUUCCGUCUGGAGAUCUCGGACGACUUUGAUUUUCCCAAGGCCUUUCAACACUACAGUGCUCCAGGCUACAAAGAGAGACAGGACACAGCAGAGACCAAGCUGAGCUAUGCCUCAGUCCUGUCCACGGCUGCUGUAACAUCCUCCCAGGAAGAAGCCACCAAGUUCAAUUCAACAGAACCAAUCCAGGCCCAGGUGGCCGAACAUCGUGGUCUCAGGGUCCUGGAUGAUAUAACACUGGAGAGUCUGGAAUUCAAAGAUAUACUGUUAGCUGCGGCAGACAUGGAGGUCAUCAAACAAAAGUCUGGUAAAGAAAAAGAGAAGACUCCCGACAUAGAACCAAGUCCCGGACCUUCCAAAUGCCUAAACGACAGCACUGAGACACCAUAUAAACCUGUACCCUCAUGUGAUGCCAAGCCAGUGUUUGAGCGGGCCGGAAGCGCCAGACCCAAGAGUCACAGUCCGACCUCCCACAUGCCCUCCGCCAUUCACUUCUUCAGCGGCAACCCAUGUGUGGAGGUCACUAAGGGGAUCCUGCAUAUAUACAAGGACAGUGAGCGUACCUCCCUGGAUGAGGGUGUUGCUAGGAGUGAGAUGAUAUGCUUGCUGGGAGUCCCGGCCUCACACACCAUACACGACCUGCUCAUGUUUGCCGCUCCCAUGAGCUCAUCAUCUACAAUAGAAUACAUGAGGAUCAUUCGCUGUUCCAUUCCAAACCAGUACAUGGUGUUGCUCAAGUUUACUGAUCAGAAAUCAGCUGAUGAGUUCUACACCCACUUCAACAACCGGCCGUUCAACUCCAUCGAGCCUGACAUCUGCCAUCUUGUUUAUGUAGCUAAGGUGGAGAUUAUGAAGGAAUCAGAGGGUGCCACACUUCCUGUACCAGGUCUGCUGGAACUGCCCACCUGUCCAGUCUGUCUGGAGAGAAUGGAUGAGUCUGUGGACGGGGUGCUGACUGUGCUGUGUAACCACUCCUUCCACACCUCCUGUCUGGCCAAGUGGGGAGACACAAGCUGCCCUGUGUGUCGGUACAGUCAGACCCCAGAGGAGGUGGCAGACAACCAUUGCAUGAAGUGCGGAUCAAACGAGAGCCUGUGGAUCUGUCUCAUCUGCGGCCAUGUUGGAUGUGGGCGAUAUGUUGGACUUCAUGCCUACAGACAUUUCCAGGACACUAACCAUACCUACGCCAUGCAGCUUGGUAAUAACCGUGUGUGGGACUAUGCUGGUGACAACUACGUCCACCGUCUCGUACAGAACAAGUCUGAUGGCAAACUGGUGGAAGUGGACGAAGGUGGAAAUGUAGUCCAGGAUGAAAAACUCGACUCCCUUACGCUGGAGUACACAUACCUUCUGACAACCCAACUGGAAUCUCAGAGACAGUACUUUGAGGAGAAGAUGGAGGAGACAAUCAAAGAAGCAGAAGAGAGGGUCCUGGAAGCCAAGGAGAGAUGGAAGAAGGUGAACUUUGAGCGGGAGGUGCUGGCCAGACAACUCACAGACAUCAACAAAGAAAAGCAGAGUCUCGACAAGAAGUGUUCUCAUUACCACGAACGACUGUCCAAGUCAUUGUGCCAGCUGAAGGAGGAGCAGCAGAUGAACACGUGUCUGCGGGAUAACCAGCAGCUGUGGCAGAACAAGGUCACUGCCCUGGAGAACAAGCUCAAGGACAGUCUGGCUGUCAAGGACAAGGAGGUGCGAGACCUACAGGAUCAGCUGAGAGACAUCAUGUUCUACCUGGAGGCCCAGCAGAAGCUGUCCAACAACACCGAGGUCUCCCAGGAGGAGAUCCAGGAGGGGCAGGUCAUCGUGGGGGCCGCAGCAGCGCAGGCCUCGCCCACAGGGAAGAGGUCCCGGAAGAAGCAGAGGUAACAGAAGUGAUCACCACCAAACAGAAGAUGCUGAUGCUGCUUCUAGAUGUGUGUCUUGUCCUACUGCUGGUGCACUAGUGUUGGCACUUGUGUCUUGGGAAUAUUCUGCUUUAAAAAACAGGUGCACGUCAACCAAAAUCUUUUGUAGCACACAUGUGUCUUCAGAAUCUGUUGUGGGACAGAUGUGUGUCUUCAGAAUAUGCUGUAGGACAUAUGUGUGUCUUCAGAAUCUGCUGUGGACAGAUGUGUGUCUUCAACUGCUUCUAGCAGAUGUGUGUCAUCAGAAUCUGUUGUAGGACAGAUGUGUGUCUUCAACUGCUUCUAGCACAGAUGUGUGUCUUCAGAAUGAUCUGUAGGAUAGAAGCAUCUUUUCCAAAUCUGCUGUAGGACAGAUGUGUCUUGUGUGGCUUCAGAAUCUGCUGUAGGACAGAUGUGUGUCUUCAGAAUCUGCUGUAUGACAGAUGUGUGUCCAAGAAUCUGUUAUCAGCAUUGUAUGUGUCUUGCAGAUAUCUGCUUCUAAGAGAAGUUUCAAAGUCUGUGAUAUUGAUUAUUCAACUGGCCAAAUAUUGAAGCAUGGAGGAAGCGUGGUGCUGUUGUGUCCUGUUAUAUGGGCCUUCAGUCUGAGGUUUUUCCAGCUGGACAUUUCUCUCUUUGUUACACGUGUACACAUGCUAGGCUUAUGUGUGAACCUAUUGUAAUGUCAGCAGGGUGGUAAUUUAUCAUCAGCCUUUCACCUUCAUCUGAUUUGAUUGUGCACAAACAACUUCAAAAUGACUGCCUAGCCAAAAUGGGAUGUCAACAUUUUGAGCCAAACUUCGCUGGAACAACAUCAGAGCAUAUUUGCAGCCAAAAAUGAGUAAAUGUGUCGGCUUCAUUCAGUACUUCCAUUAAUACAUGUGAUAAAUAAUAGAUUGAAACAUGGUAAGACAUCAUUCUUAAAGAAGUGUAAUGAAUCAACUUUUAGUGUUUAUGUCAUGUUAUGUGUAGUGACAGCAAAGGCGUGUCACAAAUAUUGCAGAAAAAUUCCCUGUGGUUGGCAAGGCAACUGCAUUCAAGCCGGAAUGUGAGAGCUACAGGAUCAGAUAAACACUAAUCUCCCAAAGAGACUGAUGACAGGAAUGAAGAAAGAAGUGUCAGGGAUUCACAAGGCGAGAGAUUCUAGUCAGAAUGUCAGUCAUUGUUAUAGCAGAUCAUGUUUCUACCAUGAACUAGGGUUGACUGAGCAGAUACAGACCCAGUUCUACAGACAAUGUCAGCAAAUAUGCCCAGAUUGGAACUAGAAAUAUUCAGAUCUGUGUUCUUGUUUUAAUAAUUAACAUAUGGGCAUUACAAUCACUAAUAAAGCCUUAUGGACGUAGUUGCUGAUGAUCAGACUUUAUCCAUUGUCAUUAUCCUCUUGGUUUGAGGAGCAAUGUACUAGACUACAUGUGAAACUGUUCUAAAUGGAAAAGCCUGGAGGUUCAUGAGAGGCAUUUAAAAGUUGGUAUUCAAGUAAAAGCAAAUAUGGAUGUCAUCCAUAAUAUUUGCUUAUACUGGAAAAGCCUUGACUUUAACUCAGUGGGAAGAUUGUGACAAGUGUGAGGUUCUGUUAUCCAGUUGAUGUCCUUUAUGUAAUGUUGAUGUUAAGAGGAUUUAGACAUGGUGGAGUGUUGUGUCUGUGAUAUGUUUUAUGGAAGUGAUGGGCAUUCAUGUAGAUAUUGGAUCAGAAAAGCAGGUUAUGUUAUGUCUAUAUUUGAUGGGUUUGUGUAUUGCCUACACCCAGGAAUACAUUGGCUGCUAUGAGGUGUGGUCGCUAUUUAUCACCAAUUGAUGAAGCCAUGCUCUGGGCAUCUAGCCAUUGAACAUUGAAACCAGCUUGUACUCAGUGUUAAGAGUGCUCCGGUUUCAUCACAUAGCACACGCAAUGAAUUGCUGCAUGAUUGCUGAAGCGAUGUUAAACAAUAAUCAUUCACGCUCUUAUUCACUCAUUGUCAUUUUUUUACCUCUCGGGGGGGCGGUGGGGUAGCCCAAUGGUUAAAGCGUUGACUCGUCACGCCGAAGACCCGGGUUCGAAUCCCCACAUGGGUACAAUGUGUGAAGCCCAUUUCUGGUGUCCCCCGCCGUGAUGUUGCUGGAAUAUUGCUAAAAGCGGCGUAAAACCAAACUCAGUCAGUCAGUCAGUCAGUUUACCUCUCGGAACCCAUAUAACCCUCAGCUGCCAAGGGGUGGUGGAGUAGCCUAUGGUUAAAGUGUCCGUUCGUCACUCUGAAAACCCAGGUUUGAUUCCCCACAUAGGAACAAUGGGUGAAGCCCAUUUUUGGUGUCCCCUGACAUUGCUGGAAUAUUGCAAUCUACGCAAUUGGGAUACGAUGGCAUGUGUCUGAGCCUGACCAUACGAUCCUGUAAACCCCAUCUUAUGACAGUCAUAGGUUACUGAAGACCAAUUCUAGCCCUUCACAGGUACCAGCUCAUUUGAACUUAGUGAGGCCUCAUUUUAUUGGCUGACUAAAAAUAAGAUUUUUUGUAUUGACAGGUUGUAUUCACAGUGAUGGGUAGGUGUGAAGAUCCGGGUUAGAAUUGGUCUUCAGUAACCCAAGAUGUGACUAACGGUAUCGGGUGGUCAGGCUCGCCGACCUAGUUGACACAUGUCGUCGUAUCCCUAUUGCGUUGAGCGAUGCUUUUGCUGUUGAUCACUGGAUUGUCUGGUCCAUACUUGAUUAUUUACAGACUGCUGCCAUAUAGCUGGAAUAUUGCUGAGAGCGGUGUUCAUCAAUAAACCAACCAACUAGCCACAGUGAUGGAGGAACGUAGCGUGUACAAACCCUUCAAAUAUUGUCAGUGCAGUCUGUUUUUCCUUGUAGGAUGGAUUGUGGAACUGUUAUGACUCACAUACUGUACACUAUAGUACAAUGGGAGUUCAUGAUUCACAGAUGUAUCAAUAUACAGUGUGGUACAAUGUAUGAUUUGUUUACCCAUGUGUUUAUUCAGUUUUCAGAAGUUAAUAUUUGCUUCAUUCUGCUAUAACCUGGACUGUUUAUCCAAGCGUAAACUGAACUUCACAAAACAAAAUGCUAACACAGAUUGACAAGCUUGCGUGAACCAUGCAAAUAAUACAAAUAUUUCAUAGAGCAGUGUCUGUCUGGUCAUUUCAUGCAAAUCACAUUUCAAAAUUAGUAUCGCAAUUUUCAUCAUUACUCAAAUGUCCAAAUAUGUAUCAGUAUGUUAGUCAGAUAUCUCAAUUAUACUGAACACAGGGUACAGGUGUCUGUGCUAUGUGUACAUAGUGUUAUACACAGACUGAUAUAUAUUAAAAUUUCUGUUGCUUUAUGUUAUUAGUUUUUCAUCAUGUAUUUUUAUAUUUUUCUCAGUUGUGAGCCUGGGUUAAAAUUAGUCCCCAGCUGCCUAUGCUUGUAAGAAAAGAUUUGGUGGUCAGAUGGUCAGUUUGGUUUGGUUGUUUUUUAACGCCACUCAGCAAUGUUCCAGCUAUAUGGUGGCGGUCUGUAAAUACUCGAGUCUGGACCAGACAAUCCAGUGAUCAACAUCAUGAGCAUCGAUCUCAAAAUUGGAAUCCCGUUAGUUGCCUCUUACGACAAGCAUGGGUUACUGAAGAUCAAUUAUAUCCCGAAUCUUCACGGAUUGGAUGGUCAGUUAUGGUGACAUGGCUAAUAUACUGAUGGUGUAGACUGUUGCUCUUUAUAUCAACCCCUUGUUUGUCAGAUCCAGACUCCAUUAUUUACAGGCUGCUGACUACUGGAAUAUGCAACAAACAAAUAAACAAUCUUAUGUUUUAGAAACAUAGAUCAAUAAACGGGGAUGCGUAAACAACAUUCUUUGUUUGGGAGAGGAGCGGUGGGGUAGCCUAGUGGUUAAAGUGUUGGCUCGUCACGCCGAAGACCCGGGUUCGAAUUCCCACAUGGGUACAAUGUGUGGAGCCCAUUUCUGGUGUCCCCUGCCGUGAUGUUGCUGGAAUAUUGCUAAAAGCUGCGUAAAACCAAAGUCAGUCAGUCAGUGUUUGGGGGAGCAUGGUGUGAGUACCCUGACUCACCACAAAUGCAACAAUUUUGUUCUGACAGGGUGACAUUCUGUGUCAUUGAUCUGUACGCUAGUGAAUCAUUGUGAGGUUUGUAUGGCCAAAUCAAAUACACAAUCAAACCAACCCACCAGAAAUCUACCACAGCGUGUGAAAUUAUCACUUUUUUUAAAUUCUUAAAUAGUUUAAGACAGGAAAUCUAUAAAAUCUAUAAAAAAGCAGCAUGACAAGUGCUGGUUUGUCUAUGUAGAUUGCGAUAUCUUGAACAGAGAACAGGGAGGUCUAUCUUCACCAUAUUUCCUUUACCAAUAAUUCUCAAAUGUUGUAUAUUUUCUGUGUUUUCAAUCUUUUCUGCACAAUCGUUUGUAAUAUUUCCAAUAAAUAUGUAAACAAUCAACAUUCCAAGCAAAGAUAAAUGAUCGCAUGGUCCUGUGAUGGAGCGUUUCUUUUUGUCCAUAAAUGCUGGAGGUGGAAGGUCAGAUUUGUAUAUUUUGUUCUAAUACUUAUGGGCCAGUGGGUCAAGCUUGGUUCAACACAUCAAAACAUGAAAUGCUGGGUUUGAUUCCCCCACUAAAUCUCAAUUGGUGUGCGCUGUUAACAUUAAGCUGGAAUAAUGCUGGGAGCAGGGUAACACCUUGUCUUGAGCCAGGACUGGAAUCUGUAUAUUUAAAAAGUUUCUUUACCCUUAAUUUCUACAAUCGGAAAGAUCACAGUGUGGCUUUCUUUGAAACUAGGCUUAUUUUAGUUCUAUCAAGAUUUGCCUUGGUGCUUAGCAAAAAAAUUAUUUUUUCAUGUAAAUGAUUUCUAUAGGGAUAUUUUACAACAGGAAGGUUUCAAACCCGUACACUGACUUAUUUGCCUACCUUUAAUAUUUAUAUAUCACGAUAUGUUUAAAAAGGUUUAUAAGAAAUUCAAAUCUGAUUUUGCAUGUUUGUUCAUUUACUCACAAGAAUAUGUUGAUGUAGUUUUGUUUUUAGUUCAUGACGUAAUGUUAUCCCUGUGUUAUCUACCCGAUCCCAUGCGUAUAUCUCCCAGCUGUUAGCUUGAGUUUAUUGUCUUCAUUAUCUGUUGUAAGAUGAAGUAGAGUCUGUGGCUAAGCCAGAGGUAUCAAAUGAUAAUAUUCCACAGACAAGUACACUGAAACAAUGUAGGACAUAGAGUGAGAUGUGAAAGAGAGUACUAGUACUGUACAAUGGGAAGUAUCAGUCAGAGGUUUCAAAUAUGAAUAUAGCCCAUACAAGAAAGUACAUUGAAAAAAAUGUAGGACACAGAAUGAGAUGUGAAAGAGAGUACAAGUACUGUACAGUGGUAGGUUUCAGCUAAGAAGGAAACAAUUCAGGGCCUGGAAACAACAAUGGCAUGAGUAGAACUACUUUAUAUUGUAGUGUUGGGAUGAGUUAAAAUCUCACAAUUGAUGAUUGGUUCAUUACAACUGAUCAAUCUUC